AUGGGGCCGGCCGGGACCCUCAGCCUGGCCGGGGUCCUCAGCCUGGCCGGGGUGCUGGCGGGGGACAACGGGGUGCAACCAGCCGGGACCCCGCUGACGCUGGACCUGGGGGGCACCGUCCCUCCCGGGUGGGAUGCUCUGAGCCACAGCCGGGGCCUGGAUUGCUGGGAGGUGCGGAAACGCAACAGCUCCGAGUGGUGCCGCUUCGUCCGGAGCAACCCCGACUGCCGGCUGGAGGGUGGCUUCCUCGACUACCUCCAGGGGGUCUUCUGCGUCUUCCCCCCCCGCCUGCUGCCCCUGGCCGUCACCCUCUACGCUCUCUGGCUCCUGUACCUCUUCAUCAUCCUCGGCGUGACGGCGGAGAAGUUCUUCUGCCCCAACUUAUCGGCCAUCUCCACCAACCUGAAGCUGUCUCACAACGUGGCUGGUGUCACCUUCCUGGCCUUUGGCAACGGGGCACCCGAUGUCUUCAGCGCCGUGGUGGCCUUCUCCAACCCGCGGACGGCGGGGCUGGCCAUCGGGGCCGUUUUUGGCGCCGGAGUGUUCGUGACCACGGUGGUGGCUGGGGGUAUCGCCCUGGUCAAGCCCUUCACGGCCGCCUCCAGGCCCUUCCUCAGGGAUGUCAUCUUCUACAUGGUGGCCGUGUUCUUCACCUUCGUGGUCCUCUACUUCGGCAGGAUCACGCUGGGAGAGGCUCUGGGUUACCUGGGGCUGUACGUCUUCUACGUGUUCACCGUGGUGCUCUGCACCUGGAUUCACCGGCGGCAGCGGGGGGAAGGGCUGGCCCCCCCCGGACCCUGGGAACCAGAGAUGCCGACAGAUGCUGAAGAGCAGGAGUCCUCCGGCACAAACAGCGGAGACUACGGCGAGGAGUACCGGCCCCUCAUCCCUUCCCGGGAGACUUCCCUGCGGAUUCUCACCACUGCCCUCAGCCCCUUGGACUACCUCAAGUGGAGGAGGAAGCCCUGGUACUGGCGGCUCUUCAAGGUCCUCAAGGUGCCCGUGGAGCUGGUGCUGCUGCUCACCGUUCCUGUCGUGGAUCCCGACAAGGAUGACCUGAACUGGAAGAGACCCCUCAACUGCCUCCACAUCCUGACCAGCCCCCUGCUCUGCAUCCUCACCCUGAAGUCAGGCGCCUAUGGGCUGUACCAAAUCCAGGGCAUCUUCCCAGUCUGGGGACUGGUCACACUGGUUGGCUCUGUCCUGGCCGUCAUCACCUUCAUCACCACAAGCAACGAGGAGCCACCCAAGUACCACUGCGUAUUUGCCUUCCUCGGGUUUUUGGCCAGCGCCAUGUGGAUCAAUGCCGCGGCCACGGAGCUGGUGAACAUCCUCCGGACCCUGGGCGUCAUCUUCCAGCUGAGCAACACCGUGCUGGGCUUGACGCUGCUGGCCUGGGGCAACAGCAUCGGGGAUACCUUCUCCGACCUCACCAUGGCACGGCAGGGCUAUCCCCGCAUGGCCUUCUCCGCCUGCUUCGGGGGCAUCAUCUUCAACAUCCUGGUCGGCGUGGGACUUGGCUGCCUGCUGCAGAUGACCAGCAGCCAGCUGGUGGUGAAGCUGGAGCCUGACAGCCUCCUGGUCUGGAUCCUCGCUGGGGCUCUAGGACUGAGCUUGGUCUUCUCCUUCGUGUCAGUGCCAGUGCAGUGCUUCCAACUGGGCAAGGCGUAUGGCGCCUGCCUCAUCCUCUACUACCUGGCCUUCCUCUGCGUGGCCCUGCUGACCGAGUUCAGGGUGAUCCGUCUCUCCGCCAUCUGA